AUGAAGAGCGCCAAGAAGAAACCAGCGCAUAGGUUUACACUCCAGCAAGACGUUGAUCUCAUAAAGGAGGUCAUUUCAGUCUCACCACACGAUGCACCGUACGGUCAACUGAGUACCAGGUGGGCUGAAGUUGGCCAGAACAUGCAGGCAAUUUACGCCAGUAACUUGACAGCCAGCGGGUGCCAAAAGCGCUGCGAUGAAUUGCUCGUUGCGUUUCACAAAGACAACAUUGCGUCACUGCGUGCUUCCGGGACAGAGGAGAACUACAAUGAGAGGGAACAGCUCCUUCAAGAUCUGUCCGAUAUGAUUGAUUCCAUUGCAGACAAGAAGCGAACGUUCAAGGAAGAGAAGGGAAAGAAGGAAGACAAGCGUGAGACGGAUGGUCAUAUGAUCCGUGAGGCCACGAUGGUGGCAAUGUCUCGCGGCACUGCUGACACAGAAGUCGAGAGCAGCGAUACUGAAGGCUCCUCGUCAACGUCCGCUAAAAGAGUAAAGCGAAGCUCUGUAAAAGGAGCAACAAAUGCCAUCGCAGCGUUCAUGGAAAGCGCCAACAAGUGCAAGAGCAACAAGAGCGCUUAG